CAGAGACACACAGCUUAUCAGGCGUUUGGGGAUCUGUUACUGUUUGGGUAGUCAGUGAGAAACGAUGGCGGCUUCAGGGUUGCAGGUUCUGGGUUUGGCUCUGGCCUUCCUCGGCUUGCUCGGUGACAUCAUCAUCUGCGCUCUGCCCAUGUGGAAAGUGACGGCCUUCAUCGGGCAGAACAUCGUGACCGCGCAGACCUUCUGGGAGGGCCUGUGGAUGAACUGUGUGAUGCAGAGCACAGGACAGAUGCAGUGUAAGGUCUAUGACUCCAUGUUGGCUCUGCCCCGGGACCUGCAGGCCGCGCGCGCUCUGGUCGUCAUCUCCAUCCUCCUGACGCUGUUCGGUCUCCUGCUCGCGGUCGCAGGGGGAAAGUGCACCAACUGCAUCGAGGACGAGCCGACCAAGGCGCGGGUGUCCGUGGCGGCCGGCGUGUUCUUUCUGCUCGGGGGUGUUCUGUGCUUGAUUCCUGUGUGCUGGUCGGCUCACACGGUCAUCAUGGACUUCUAUAACCCUACACUUGCGGACGCACAGAAGCGCGAGCUCGGCGCGUCGCUGUUCAUCGGCUGGGGCGCCGCCGCUUUGCUGCUGCUCGGAGGCGCGCUCUUCUGCUGCCAGUGUCCGAAGAGUGAAUAUCGGGGUUAUUCAGCCAAAUACACUGCGCCAAGGUCACAUGCACAUGGUGGCAACUACGUGUAGGUCUAACUAAACCUUUACGCUGGCUAGACUGUGUGUCUUAAGUAUCUAAUGUAUUUUUAUUGGACAGUUUUACUAAAUAAAACCAUGUUUUAUGCAA